AUGAAGCAGACUCAAGCAUGUACAAUUAGUUCUAUACCUUCGAACGAUUCUGCUUAAGUUAAAUACUUUACUAUUGGCAACAUGCUUUUUGAGGUAGAUGCCAAUAAUAGUAAUUAAAGCUCACCAGUUCUUCGUCCUUAAAAUUCAAAUUCCUUCUAUUGCGGUUCUCCUAGCUCUUCACACUAUGAAAUGAGCAAUCUUUCAGAGGAAGGGUAUUACUAGGUCCUCAUGAAGCUAAGAUAAAAGUUAUAACCAGUAACUUGCAUUCAAUUUAACAACAAAUGCAAUCAACUCGAGGCUACUAUUUUAUAAGAAAAAUCAGCUAUCUAAUUCAAUUAAUAUGAGCAACAAGAGCUCUUUUAUGAGUUCUAAGCAAAAAAACCUCAAUUUAGCUAAACACUUGAACGAUAUUUUACUUUAAGAAACUAGGCUUCAAGUUUCAACUAUCUAGAUUAAAGUAGUAGUGAUUCAUGUAUGAGUAGUAUUAAUCCUACCUAAUAAAAAUUGUAAUAAGAUACUAAAGAAAAUAUCUUUUACUAGUUCUGCAAUCAAGAAAUCACUAAAUUAAAUGAUUUGAACGGUUAGCAACAAUUCUUCUCCUACACAGUCGUACAAUGUUUGGAAGAUGAAUUAACUCCUUACAUCUAUAAAAUGGGAUUCAGCGAAUCUUUUAUUUCAAUCCUUGGUUCUAGUCGAAAUAAUUUCUAAUAAAUGCUAAUGCGCUCUGGAUCUUAUCUUCCCUUCCACUAGGAAGUUCGCCUACGUUACAAUAUGUCUAUAAUAGAAUCUCUCCUAAUCUGCCAUGAUAAAAUUCAUGAAAAUAAAAAUUUUCACUGCUACACAGAAAAUUGCCAACUCGAAACAUUCGAAAGGCUCUUUUUCAACUGUGUAAUCAACAAAUAUGUGAUCCCAUGUGUGUACGGAGGAGCUUUACUUGGAUUCAUAGUACUAGACUUAUAUACUAUCCCAAAUUAAGUAAUCAAAGGUCUACUUUCGAGGAGAAAGCAGGCGAAUUGUCAAUUAGUUCCCAUAUUCCCUGAAGAAUAUAUACAAAAAACAGAGGUAUUUUUGCAAAAAAUAAAAAGAUACUCCUCAUGA